AUGGCGCAGACUCCUAGGCUGCCUGGGCGAAACUCCUUUUUUAUUCACCCUACAGCUGCAGACGGCCGCUUGCUGCUUCUGACGUAG